GAAGGUGGUCGUUUUGGGCUCUGGCUGGGGAGCCUUGUCCUUCGCGCGGAAGCUUGAUCCUUCGGCCUUCGAUGUCACAGUCGUCUCCCCACGACCGUUCUUUUUCUACACGCCGCUGCUGGUUGGAAGCACCACUGGCAUCGUCUCCCCUGGUGCGAUCAUCGAACCGAUUCGGGACAAUGUUCCCAAAUGCGACUUUCUGCGGGUGCACUGCAAGGAUGUCGACUUAGAGAACAAGAAGGUCAUUUGCGACAGUGGACUGGAAUUGGACUAUGACCACCUGGUUGUGGCUGUGGGGGCGCAGCCCAACACCUUUGGCAUUCCAGGUGUUGACACCUACGGCAGGUUCUUGAAGGAGAUUGAGCAUGGGCGAAGGGUGCGCAAGGAGAUGUUGGACAUCAUCGAGCGGGCAGAGGUGGCGCUUGCUGCUGGAAACAUAGACAAGGUGAAGCAGCUCUUGAGUUUCGUGGUGGUGGGUGGCGGACCCACCGGAGUUGAGUUCUGUGGUGAGCUCUCGGAUUUUAUUCGGCAAGAUCUUAAGCGCCGCUACCCCAAAAUCGCUGAGUACUUCCAGGUGACCUUGGUGGAGGCACUGCCGUCGUUGCUCACGAUGUUUGACAAGUCUGUUGGAAAGUAUGUCCAAGACCACCUUGAAAGGCAAGGGGUGUCCGUCAAGUUGAAGGCGAUGGUCAAAAAAGUGGAAGAAGAAAGAGUUCAUCUUGCGACCGAGG